AUGUCAGACGAACAGCACAUUGAUGCCGCCCUCGACGGUCUCCACCUCGAAAACAACAACGAGGACGCUCCUCCCCGCACCGAAGACGAGUAUGCCCUCGCCCAGCUCACUCUGAGAGCUAUCGUCUCCUCUAAGGAAGCAGGCGUCAUUAUUGGAAAAGCUGGUCAGAACGUCGCCGAACUCCGUGACAAGACUGGUGUCCGCGCUGGCGUCAGCAAGGUCGUCCCCGGUGUCCACGAUCGCGUCCUCACUGUCCUCGGCGCCCUGGAUGCUGUCGCUUCCGCCUACGGUCAUGUAGCCGAUGGUCUGCUCAAGGGCGUUCCUCAGCUGGGCAUGGGCGGUGUUGCCUCAAACCCUAACACUCACCCCGUCCGUCUCCUCAUCUCCCACAACCAGAUGGGCACCAUCAUCGGUCGCCAAGGUCUUAAGAUCAAGCAAAUCCAGGACGCUUCUGGUGUCCGUAUGGUCGCCCAGAAGGAGAUGCUCCCCCAGUCGACCGAGCGUAUUGUCGAGAUCCAGGGCACUCCCGACGGUAUCCAGAAGGCUGUCUGGGAGAUUGGUAAGUGCCUGGUCGACGACGAACAGCGUGGCUACGGCACCAUCCUCUACAACCCUGCCGUCAGAGUCUCUGGAGGAGCUGGUGGUGCCCCUGCAAGCAACGGCUCUUCAUACCCCUCUGAAGGCCGUCGCUCAUACAAUCGCACUGGCAAUGGCACCGACUUCAGUGACGCUCCUGCUGCCUACACACGUCGCGAGUCUGCCCCUCGCGCUGCCGCACCUGUUGCUGGCGAGGACGACGAGGACAUUCAGACCCAGAACAUCAGCAUCCCCGCCGAUAUGGUUGGUUGCAUCAUCGGUCGCGCAGGCAGCAAGAUCUCGGAGAUUCGCAAGAGCUCCAGUGCUCGCAUCUCAAUUGCCAAGGCCCCUCACGACGAGUCUGGCGAGAGGAUGUUCACUAUUACUGGAUCCUCGAGCGCCAACGAGAAGGCCCUUUACCUGCUUUACGAGAACCUCGAGGCUGAGAAGAUGAGAAGAAGCCAGAUGCCUCCUCAGGAUGCUUAG